AGCGCCGAGAUCCACGGUGUAGCGGCGGCGGCGGCGGUAGUAGGAGUAGCAGUAGUAGGAGGAAAAGAGAAAGGAGCUGAAUGAGAAGAGCGACAUGAUAUCCAUGGUAAUCAUCUUCUGCUGAUUAUCAAAACGAUGGUGCAUUAAAGAGCUUGACGUACGUGGAUUAAGUAAUCAAGGGAACUCAUCACACAAGUUGAGAAAAUGAAUAAUCAAGCGUUUAGUUUGGCGGAGAGGCUCAUACCUUCGACCUAUGUGCAGCAGGGCCUGAACGCCAAGAAGUCUCGCGAGAACCUUAUACGGCAUUUUAUCGAACAUCGAAAAUGGCCAGAAGAGGGUUGGGAUGACGCAACGAUAGAAGCAUUUCUGUCAGAUCUAUCGCAAAUGGACAGCAAUAACUUUCCCUCGAAUUGUAGCGUCGGCGAACGCGAAGCGAGGAUCGUAUCGAAUAUCGUCGCGAGACGACACUUUCGUAUGGGACACGGUAUAGGAAGAUCCGGCGAUUUAGAAGAAGUACAACCGAAAGCUGCUGGUAGCAGUUUAAUGUAUAAAUUAACUAACUCCUUAGUGCUUGAAGUUAUACGAUAUAUGGGAGUGAAGAGCAUAGCAGGCUGCUUUCUAUCACCAAUGGCCACGGGAAUGAGCCUAGUUCUAUGUAUGUUAACGCUUAAGCAAGACAGACCACGCGCGAAAUACGUUUUAUGGCCUAGAAUUGACCAAAAGUCUAGCUUCAAGUCUAUAAUUACGGCUGGAUUAGAACCUAUUGUUAUCGAGAUGCAAAUAAUAGGGGAUGAAUUAAAAACCGACAUGCAGAGACUGGAGGCUCAAAUGGCAGCCUUAGGCGAGAGUGUUGCCUGUGUACUUACGACAACCAGCUGCUUCGCGCCCAGAGCAUGCGAUUCCGUGGACACGAUCGCGGCCCUCUGCAGCCAGUAUAACAUACCACAUCUGGUGAAUAAUGCAUACGGCUUGCAGAGUACAAGGUGUAUGCAUCUCAUACAAGAAGCGUCGAGAAAGGGUCGAGUAGAUGUUUUCGUUCAGAGUACGGACAAGAACUUUCUGGUUCCGGUGGGUGGUGCUAUUAUAGGUUCCUUCGACAAGAAUCUCUUAGAUCGCAUAUCGAAAAUGUAUCCAGGACGUGCAAGCGCGAGCUCCGUUAUGGAUGUGAUGAUUACGCUGUUGAGUCUUGGAAUGGCAGGGUACAAACAAUUGAUUGCUCAACGUAAGGAAAUGUAUUCUUACCUGAAAGAAGAAUUGGGAAAAUUAGCAACAAGACAUGGAGAGAGACUGUUAGACACUAAGGGCAAUCCAAUAUCUAUGGCUAUGACUCUUCAGUGUCUGAGCCAUCAGCAUGACAACAAGCAAGUUACUAUGCUAGGGUCAAUGCUAUUUCUGCGUAACGUUAGUGGUACUAGAGUUAUAACGACCACGGAUUCUAAGCAUAUUGUUUCACAUAAAUUUGAAGGCUGGGGUGCACAUAACAGCAAUUACAGAGUUCCAUAUCUGACUGCUGCGGCAGCAUUAGGCAUGAAGAGAUCUGAUGUGGAUGCAUUCAUACAAAGAUUGGAUAAAGCUUUAACGAAAGUAAGGAGACGUUCAGCACCAGUAACGCCCACUGCUUCACUCGCCGGUUCCAGCAUCAAUGGAGAUGCAGGUGGUACUGGUGGACCAGGGGAAUCUAGCACAGCCUCAACCAGCCGUGCAAGUAGCAAAGACAGUUUAAGAAAAUGAACCGUAAUCAACGCAACUGGCCAGUCCAAU